AUGCGCCUCUUUCAUGUGGCCAUAGUGCUUCUCUCGUGGCUUGUUGGAAUCGCCAACGGUCAACAAUACGCCGGCGAUAUCAUCACGAACUCCUUGCCAGCCGUUCCAGGUUCCGAAAUCACCUACUUCCGUAUCAAUGAUGCGUCAGGAAAGAACAAGAACUUAACACUCAUCAACUAUUACUCUCAAGGAAAAGGCAACCAGCGACUGGUCGAGAGCAACGUGCAACGUGCUGUCGUUGUCAUCCACGGGCUGGAUAGAGAUCCUGGGACGUAUGUGUCGAACAUGCUGUCCGCUCUCGGCCAAGUCACUUCGGAUUCCAAUGUCAACUUUGAUACCGUUGCGAUCAUGGUGAGGAUAUCUAUUCCAUUGAGCAUCCAGGCGUGCUGACAAAGUCGUUCUUCUCCUUUGAGGCCCCUUAUUUCCCUAAUGGAGAUGAUAAAAGCACUGGCUAUCCGUGGACGGAUGGGCUCUCCGCCGGCAAAGGUUCCACAUCCAAUGCGUACGUCUAAAUAUGCCAUAUAGCGCUGAGUUCCCUCACUGAUGGUCCCUUACAUAACAGACUUGUCUGGAAAUCUUCUCAGUGGUCGGCAGGAGGUAAAACGAAUACGACCACAAAGUUGAGAGACAUACUAAUCGACCGCAUAGGGAAUAAUCAAUACCCCUACACUUCCAAGACUACCUCGUCUUACACGGUGCUUGAUCAAAUUGUGCAGUAUUUCGACAACGCCACGCUCUUUCCCUCGAUGAAACAAAUUGUCAUUGCUGGCCACAGCCUCGGAGGGCAGACAGUGCAACGUUAUGCAGCAAUAGGAGUGCAGCUCAAUACGCGCUCAGCUGUGUCUUACUGGAUCGGCAACCCCGAUAGCUAUGCAUGGCAGAGCACCAGUCGACCACUGCCUACUUCUGGCUGUCCUGAUUACGAUGCCUACCGAGACGGAUAUUCCAACUUCACCGACUAUCCUAUGACAUAUGGCACGAAUCUAGUGGCGUCAGGGCGAGCUGCAAUUCAAGCAAAUUACCAAGCCAAGGCCAUCAAUUAUGCACGCGGCACUCAAGACCUCGGUGAUGAUUCGUCUUCCUGCGCGCCAUUUACUACGGGUAAAGACCGGAACGAGCGCUUCUUCAACUUCAUCAAAGCUUUCCCUCCCUCCUGCACGGAACCAACCAGCCGCAACUGUGACACCGUCGACUUCGUCAAUGCUGGGCAUGAUGCAGGUGCCAUGAUGGCCGCACCCGCCGGUCAAGCUCGUUUGUUCCUUGACAACUUCUACGGAGAUGGUAAUCGGUCCUACGACUUCGGAUAUCCUCGUCAACAAGCUGGCGACGACCCUUAUCCAAAUCCAAACCUGAACACUACAGCCGCUUCCAUGAACAAUCACACGUACGCUGGAAACAUGACGUACUGGGGCUGUUGGUCAGACCAGAAUCCGCCCAGCUUGAAGACGAUGACUUACCAAAGCAACGCCAAUACGAUCGAACUUUGCACUAAGACAUGCGCCGACAGCGGCAAUACCAUCGCGGGCCUCGAAUUUGGCACCCAAUGUUUUUGUGGAACCACUCUAGGUUAUCUGGCUUUGCAAGUCAUUGAGAGCUCUUGUCAAUCACCUUGCCCUGGUGAUUCCAAUUCGACGUGCGGAGGGUACAACAGAUUGUCCAUUUUCUCCAACGGACUACCACAAGUUAACGCUGUGCCUGGAACUCCAGAAACCAUUGGCGACUACUACUAUGUCUCCUGCUACACUGAAGCCACGAUCGGGCGCGCCUUGCCUGCCAAAGGAACGAGUAGCAAUUCAAUGACACUGGAGUUCUGUGCCAGCUUCUGUUCUGGAUACCAAUACUUUGGAACCGAAUACUCGUCCGAGUGAGUCGCAGAAUAAGAGAUCUUCUAUGCAUGAAAGCACUGCUGACUUGUAUUUCGCUUAAGAUGCUACUGCGACAACGAUUUCGCUCCCGGCUCCAUUCGCACGAGCGACAACGACUGCUCGUAUCUCUGCGCGAAUGCCACGUCCGAAUUCUGUGGAGGUCCAAACAGACUUACUGUCUACCAAGAUCCAGAUUGGGUAGCUCCGAGCAGUGCCUCUUCAGAGCUGGUGUCUGCCACUUCCCAAUCCACCUCGCUCUCCUGUCCAGCGGCAAAUAAUACCAUAAUUGCCUCGGGCGGCAAGAACUUCACGAUCGAGUGUGGCAUUGACCACCAGGCUGGUGACCUCACUUCAAUGGUCGUUAGCAACUUCCAGCAGUGCAUCGAUGCUUGCGCAAACAAUAGCCAGUGUCUGGACAUUAGCUGGACGAGCGUCUGCUAUCUCAAAUCGAGCGUUGGUACGGCGAUCGCAAAUGGCGAUGUCUGGGGAGCAAGGCUAAUCACCCCGUCUUCGCCAUCCGUGUCGUCUGUGGUCUCGACCACGAGCAGUGCGGCCAGCACUAUCACAAGUCUGGCUUUCACGAACAGCUCAUCAAUGAUAUCCGGUACGGCGACCACUUCAACGACUUCCUCCGUGAGCGUAUCAUCCGAAGCUAGCUGGGUGUCUGGAACGGCUGCGACCUCAUCGGCAUCGGCUCUUGCCUCAAGCACGCCCAUUGUCUGUCCGGCAUCCAACAGCACAAUCGCGGUAUCAAAUGGCCUAACUUUCAUGGUUGAAUGCGGCAUAGACCAUGCUGGCGGUGAUAUGAAAGCUCAAGCCGUCAGCAGUUUCCAGCAAUGCAUAGAUGCGUGCGCAACUACUAUAGGCUGUGUGGACCUCUCGCUCUCUGGCGCUAUGUGCUAUUUGAAGAGCAGUGUAGGUGCACCUGUCUACAAUGGCGUCUGGGGCGCGAGGCUCUUGGCUUCCUCUUCCAGCACGACCGCUCUCAGAACGAUGAGCCAGACGACGAGUGGAAGCAGUUCCUUGGCGUCGUCUGUUCUCUCGUCGAUUGUACCUUCUUCUACUUUGGAGUCAAACAUUGCGACUCAAAACAGCACGGCUGGCAGUAACUCAUCGACCAGCUCCGGCGGAGAGACAAGCACCACAGUCUUAUCCUCCAACAGCCCAACAUCUUCUACGGCAACAACUGCUACCAGCUCGGCCUCUGUCUUGACCACUUCAUUAUCACAGGCAUCUUCCGGUACAACCAGCAGCCAAGUAUCCUCAACAAGAACUACCGACUCAUCCUCGUCCUCAUUGCUCUCAAGCGUGGUUUCGAACACCAUUACAGGUUCAACGACAUCUUUUCCUUCGAUGCCAUCGAUUUCUAG